AUGCCCAUAGUGCAGGAUGAGGAGAUCAGCAAAGGGGGCUUCCUUCCCGUUUUGGACAAUGGCCUUUUUCAGGGAUAUCGAGAUACCCUUCGAGGUUCUCUACGUCAUUUCGAGUCAUACCGGUCUGGACAGACUAGUGCUGAUCAUUCUGACAUGAGCACCCGCUAUGUGCGCGAUCACAGACGCUUGAUCGACACCGGUCUUCCUCCGGACUACAAUAAUGCUCAUGCGGGCUACGAUAGUAAUUAUACGUUGGAUUCGCUACGCCCCGGUGCUAGAUGCCCGCUGCGUGCUUCAGGACGAUCCGGUGUGGGCACAUUGCAGGAUCGAGCCCUUGAAUACUACAAAGGCCUACUCCAAGAUGCCGCAUCAGUCCCCCGGUCAGGCACAGAACAGACGAUCCCGACAGGAUCUGUCCCAUAUCCCUCUGAACGGGACACGCCGCAUUUCGUCCCACCCAAUAACUGGAACUCCGCGGUGUCUGCCCGAGUAGCCAUCGGGGCCCAUAUGAACUCAAUCGCGUUCCCCCAAAGUGCAAUCUAUCCAUCUGUAAUCGACUCAAGGUGUACAAUGGCAGCGGCGGGCAGUGCGCCGUCGAUGACUGCCGGUCAUGAUCGUAUGCCCGCGCCACAAGUAGGAGUUGCAGGACCGUCCGUCUGCACCAACAUCAUGCCUCAGAAUACGUGGGGGACACUUGUUCCAGGACUGGACGCCCUGGCUGCCGCGACCUUGGAAGCGACAAAGGUAUUGGACGAGAGUGCGUUUGCACCCCCUCGUAAUCUGGAGCACUCCUCUACACCAUAUGCACAGUGGCCCGGAAGCCCUCAUGCCCUCCAUCCAGGCCACAUCGUAGACACCCACGAGCCCGGCAAUGAUCCCCAGGGUCCCAAGGACGAGCCUGUGACAGCGAGGAAGAUCUGCGAGUGGGCCGGAUGUAACGCGCAGCUCGACGACCCCUCGGUGAGUGGCGUCCGCCGCCACUUUGAGGAGUGCCAUGCCGCGGAUGAUGGUGCAAGUGACGAGGACAGCGCGAAGAAGCACAUGGUGUGCCGGUGGAGGCAGUGCAGGACACAAGUGCAGAGGGGUAACUUCAUCAAGCACAUCCGCGCCGUGCACCUCCGCAUGAUGGAGGUGACGUGCGAGCGUUGUGAGCGGGUUUUCGUUAGGUUGGAUGCUCUCGUUCGCCACCGGGCGAAGUUUGGACACUAA